CGCAUCAUAACGUGGAAACAUCGGUGGAAGAACACAGGUGUGCUCAUGCGCAUAUAUUUCUAACAGCCAAUGAGAAGAACCUUCAUCUAUGCAAACCAAAGGGAUCGACGACACGUAUCGUUGUACAAAACUGAGAAGAGAUGAUCGGCGAACGUGGUGAGACGUGGUCCAGUCGUGGUCGUGCAGGUCGUGUUCGACAGUGUUCGAACACGUGUUUUGUCCUGAAUAAAUUUUUGAAGAUUGCUGAUGCAAUCUGCAAUCACGAUUUCCACUCGGACUUCCAGUAAUUUCCACUCAGAUUUCGCUACGCAAUCAGUGAUUCGGACUGUUAAACAAACAGUGGCAAAUCUGGCCGUAUUGUCUGCUGAAAAGCGGCAGGAGCCGAUAUAAAAAUAGGAAGAAGAAGAAGAAGAAGUGAUCCCGGUUGUCCUCGCGGUCGUAACCUUCUCACAUAACCUUACCUAACCUCUCGGGAAAGAGGUUGACGUUUCUCCACGUCUCCCGGCGAGAAUCUCGAGAUAUUCAUGUUUCUGUCGGAUCGGCCUGAAAAUGCCGAGUAUCCUGAAGAGCAGCCUGGAGAACGCUUCGUUCAGCAUCAUAUUUCAGAUAUUCUGUCGCUGCAUCACAUUUGUCCUGAACGCAUUUGUUGUCCGUCAUGUUGGCCUGGCCGUCCUAGGUGUCAUUACCGUGAGAUUACUCCUACUGGAAUCUACGAUACUGUUCCUAUCGCGCGAGCUAUUUGUGAAAGCAUGUCUGACUAACACCGCGGAACACAAUUGGGCCCAAGUUGUAAAUCUACUCUGGCUGACAGUACCUACAUGCGUUGUGAUGUCCUUCCUAUGUGGAUACGGUUGGCUGUUUGUGCUCUCCACCACAGAGGCGUUACCACCGUACUACACGUUUGCAGUUUGGGCAGUUGGACUGUCGUGUAUCAUAGAACUGUCUUCCUUAGUCGUUCAAUUAGUCGCCAGCGCAUUUCUCUUCGUUAGGCUUAAAAUAAUUCUGGACACGAUCAUGAUCGUUAUUCGCACUAUGACGUUUGUCCCGCUAAUAUUAUAUUAUCCGGAGAACGCGUUGCUUGCGUUCGGCAUCGCUCAGCUUGUUGCGGCAGUAUUUUACACAACGAGCCAUUAUGUGUAUUUUCAUCAUCACAUCAAGAACCUGAACAAAUGUUCACAGAAACGAAGAAUGUCUUUGAAAGACAGUAGCGACGAAUAUGUGAUAAGGGAGUUUCCCUUUCGCGCUAUAAAAGACUUUUUGCCCGGGCAGCUAGAAAAUAAUGAUUCGUAUUUCGAUAGCAAGUUAAUUGAUCUCACAUGGAGCUUCUUUUGGCAAGGAAUAUUGAAGCAGGUUUUGACGGAUGGCGAAAGAUACAUCAUGACUAUAAUGCCAGUAUUGACGUUCACAGAACAGGGUGUCUACGAUAUUGUGAACAAUAUGGGUUCGCUAGCUGCUAGAUUCAUUUUCCGUCCAAUCGAGGACAGUGGAUAUUUUUACUUCACGCAGAUGGUGAAAAGGGAUGAAACGAUACCCGAUCAGAAUCCAGCUAAGGUGCAAGAGAGCGUGAAUGUAUUGACACGUUUGUGCUCUGUCGUUACAUGUAUCGGUCUGGUUGUCCUAGUAUUCGGUCAGUCCUACUCCAGCUUGUUGCUCUGGUUGUACGGUGGUUCGAAGCUGACUUUACCCUUACCCGUUCUCUUACUAAGGGCACAUUGCCUCGCCGUGUUACUGUUGGGAAUCAACGGCGUGACCGAAUGCUAUUCUAACGCGACGGCCGACAGUGCGACCAUAAGCAAAAGCAACUUGAUCAUGAUCUACCAGUCGAUCGCGUUCUUGGGCGCAUCGUAUUUGUUUGUCAUCUGGUUUGGCCCGGUCGGCUUUAUCUUCGGUAACUGCGUGAAUAUGAGCCUGAGAAUCAUACACUCGGCGAAAUUCAUCAAUAAGAGAUACCAGGACACGGUAUAUCGUCCAUUACGCGGACUGGUGCCAAAGCCCAUAUUCUCCACGUGUCUUCUCGUCGCGGCGUUCGUCACCAAUUUGUCACACACUUACUUAUUCCCGGCUGCAAAAGCAUGGCAUCUAGUGAUUGGUAUAGUAAUGUUUAUAAUUGUACUUGGGUCUUGGAUAUAUGAAAAUCACUGGAUAUAUGAAUUAAUCAACCUUGCCACAAGCAAAUUGUAUGAUUGGUAUGAAAGAAGACAGACCAAACAGAAGAAGAGCGACUGAUCCUAAACCCUCAUAUAAAUUAUUUUUUUGUCAAUUAUUUUAUUUAUGAUUUAUGAUAUAAAUCAACUACAGAUUCAUUGUAAGAUCUUGUAAAAUGUUAUAAUAUCAUGUAUAAACAGUUAUUUUUUCUACAA